CAAAACAUUUUCAGUCUGUCAAAAUCUUGACAGUCCUGGCUCAGAAAAAGCUGGUGAUAAAAAAUCUAAAAUUUUUGACGAUUUAGUAAAUGAAAACCGUAGAUUAAUUAACCAAAUAACCACGUUCCAAUCAUUCCUUCAAAUGGAUUCACAAAAUAAUAGUGAUGAAGAAACGACUUCCAAAAAACAGAGCAACGUGUUGCCGUUACACGGCAACGAGCGGACGAUGAACUUAAACCCGUUGAUUUUGACCAACAUACAGAGCUCGCACUACUUUAAAGUAAAUUUGUAUGAAUUAAAAACAUACCACGAAGUAGUGGACGAGAUAUAUUACAAAGUCAGUCACCUAGAACCUUGGGAGAAAGGAUCGAGACGCACAUCGGGACAAACUGGAAUGUGCGGCGGAGUAAGGGGGGUGGGGGCAGGAGGGAUAGUAUCAACUGCUUACUGCCUGCUAUACAAACUUUUUACACUUAAACUAACACGAAAGCAACUAAACGGGUUAAUCACUCAUUGUGACUCUCCCUACAUCCGAGCCUUAGGAUUCAUGUACAUACGUUAUGUGUUACCUCCCGCCCACCUUUUGGAAUGGUACGAACAGUAUUUGGAAGAUGAGGAGGAACUCGACGUAAAGGCAGGCGGAGGACAAACCAUGACCAUGGGUCAGGUGCUGCGGCAGUGGCUUGUCAAACUAGAGUGGUUUUCUACACUCUUCCCGAGAAUACCAGUGCCUAUUCAGCAAAAGAUACAAAAACACCUCGAGUCGAGAUUUCCACCGCAAGCAGUUCAAGCAGCCCAUGAGCGAGCCCGUGAAGAUCGACGUUUCGAGAGGGACAGACCUAUGGUGAGGGAAGACCUUAGGCGCGACUUUUUGAGAGACGACCGUCGCGAUGAAAGGCGGGACAGGUAUAAAAACGAUCAUGACAGGCGGGAGAGGAAACACCGGAGCCGGAGCAGAAGUCCUAAGGGCGGCAGGAAUUAUGGAGGCGGGCCGAGCAGAGGUCGCUUCGACAAGCCUAGAGAUGACAGGGGUCGAAGACAAAGAUAUUAAGUGAUUUUGUAUUUUUUUAACGAUUAAUUUUACGUAUUUUGUAUUUUUGUGUGGCGACGGCAUACAAAAAAAAGCAGCAAAAAUCGUUUGUUUGCUCCAAAAUUGUCGAAACUUUUUAACCGCAGGGCGGAUACGUUUUGGACCACCAGCUUAAUUUUGACGUCCUCACCUUAAGCAAUUACCUUCAAUUUUACUGUGAAUUUCAACAACCUCAAAGUUUUGU